AUGGCAUCAGGACUCAUCUUCAAUCCAAUUCACCUCCUCCACGCGGCGCCCCUCGCAACCAGCACUGCGACACUCGCGCACGCCCUGCUGGAGCUCAUCACCAACUCCGCUUUCCUCCAACCCCGGAUCCGCCAGCAAUCCGAAACAAUCCUGCCCACCUGGUACAAUAAAGUGUUCGGACGCGCGGUGUGGACCGUCAUCACGCUGAACUUGAGCACGAUCUCCGCAGCUGCUGCAACGCUUCUGCUGAAUCAACGGCGACAGGAAUUACAGGCGCCUAUAUUCUACUGGGCGGGGAUGGCCGGUGCGAUUGGACACCUGAUGUUCGUGCCAUUUGUUGCGGGCCCAGUGCAGCGCAUUGUUGAGACGACGGGGAGAACGAGUCGACGCAUGAGAUGGAACAGUGGUUGA